AUGAGUCCAAAUUCCAAGAUUGAGAGGGAUGAGUGUCAGCUAGAAGUAGACACAGAUUUGGUGACCCACCCCUACUCUCUGGCUCCACUGGGCGAGGGCCUCUGGCUGCAGAGCUUUUUAAUCUUCCCCUGGCACAGACACCAGCUGCUCGGCCCCAAAGAGGACCAGUCAACCAAGAAGAUGUGGAAGGUGCCAGUUCUGCUCUUGGUUUUGGGAAGCCCGUGGCUCUGGGUCCCGGCAGAAGGAGCCAGCACGGUCCGGCCAGAAGAUGACAUGACACCAGGUGUGGAAGAUGGCUUGGUGACCCUAGGUGCAGAAGACAAUGUGGUGACCACAGGUGCCAGUAUAGACACAGAAGAGUCUGCUGGACCGACAGGUCUGGUGCCAACAAAUACAGAGAGUAUAACGGACUUUCGCAUAGAGGAUGGGCCAACUCAAGAAAGCACAGUCCAUCCCAGUGAAGAAAGCCAGAGUACCACAACCUUGAAUGUAGUGACCAGUGAAUCCAUAGAUGAAGACACAGAGACAACAGUUGAAAACGAUGGCUUGGCAACAGUCACCCUGGUUGGAAUUAUAGUCGGAGUCUUACUAGCCAUUGGAUUCAUUGGUGGGAUCAUCAUUUUGGUUGCUCGAAAAAUGUCAGGAAGGCCCUAGAGCGCUGAAGAAUUGCACCCUUCUGCCAACAUGUUUAGAAGAGAGUUUCCGACUUCCCCGUCCUGGAGUAUGUGGGAGAAGAUGGCCCAUGGAAAUGCUUGGCGACCUCAACUCCAAAUCCAUGGUGAUCCCUCCGCCUACCCAAAGUAACUCAAGGAAAGACAAUGCAAAUGACUUGCUCCUCUAGGCAUUUGCCUUUUGAAGCAAAUCUUAAAUAUAAAUUUCGUACAAGAUGAUGUAAAAGACAAAGUGCAUAGAAAAUGGAGCAAAGCAAUGGAAACUGAUUUGUAACUAAAACGAUAUAAUUUAAUCGAUGUUAGAAAUUAGAAUCAUGUCUUCGUUCUGACCAUUCUCUGUUACUGUUAAAAUGCAAACAAGCUUGGAAAUAUUUAUACCAAUGGAGCCCUUGGGUUCAAGUGCUGUGUUUGUAAACGGCAAAAACGUUUUGCAAUUUCCGAUUUGUUGAAAAGCACGCAUUCCAAGGGGGUUGGUCCAUUUUCAAAUUUCAUGUGAAUAAUCAAGUAGAAAAUCUAACCUUGUAUAGCAUGUAAUGAGCGACUGCCUUUCAAUGGCCCAGGUAAAUCAUUUCAAAGGCACCCAUUUUAGAUUAUAAACAGGAAGUCUAUAGUUUGGAGAAGGGAUUUUGUUUCUCACAAUAAGGUCAUCAGGCAGGUUCUAGGCUUGCUCAUUGCCUUCUCCAGUGAUGACUUGGUGACUCAAAGGUUUGCUCCUCCCUGCCUCCUCUUCAUCCCUCAGAUAAGGGCCAAGGAUCCAGGGAUUUCUGGGCCAGGCUUUUUUCUUUCCAUGGCGCAAGUCUUCCGGAUUAGGAAUAGAGAAGUCUUAGUCCUGGAUGCCAAGGAGGCUGCUGGAGGUCAGUGGUGCCUGAGGCUCAAGCAUUCCAAGAACCAUGAUGGUCCCCAGACAGAAGGACCUGCCUCUGGCCUGAGAAAUAGAACCUGCCAAUUUUCUAACAUUUACUUCCUGCCUCAGAGGACAGAUGUGAGACACAGGAAGAAUCCUGUAAGAUAGUAAUUUUAAGAAAGCAGGUGGAUUUAAAGCCUUGAUGAAAAAAUAAAAGAGAUUCCCAGUCUUCAUGACACACACCACACACUUCCGGGGGUCACCGUUGAAAAGGUCCUUAAAGUCAAGGAGCCCACGCUGCCAUUUGGGGUAGGCGCCGUCCAGCCCAGAGUAUUUUUUCCCAUUGGUCAGGUGACUUCGUUUUCCCAAACACAGAGUUUUUAUACUGAGCAGAUGGUCUGUCACGAUUGUAGUUGUGCAGGGCUGAUGUCCUCUCAACUUGUAAGAAAAAGUAAACUAAAAAAGCACAGCCCACUUCCCUCUUUCUUGCAGGAACAUGGGGGUGUUAUAUUAAACAGCUUGCUCUUCUGUUACCCAAGUCUGGCUGGUCCACCAACCCGGGGUCUGUAAUCUGCUAAUUCAGAGAAGGGGCUUUUGGAGAGCUUUGUGAGCUUAAGUACCCCUCUCUUUCUGUCACUCAGAUUCCUCAACAGGAAUUGAGGACAAAGUCCAUUUUGUCUUUCUUGCCCUUUCUUUCUUCUGUCACUGUGAACCAUAACCGUCCGCCCCAAGUCACACACUGGACCCGCCGCCUGCUGGGACAGGACUGUGGGUUUCUUGGUCACAUCUGUGUUGGUGCUCAAUGCAGUGUAGAUGUGUUUUAAAAUAAAACAGGUGAUUGCAUGUAA